CAAAUUAAACGUAAAUGUUAGUGUGAACAUUUUCAUUGCCAAAUAGUUACUCCACAUUUAAUGAUAAACUUGGUUAAUUGCUACAAAAUUGUUACUGAAAUAUUUCAUACAAAUUAGUGUUAAAACUUUUCUUCCGAAAACUGUCAAAAGCAGGCAAAAUUGGCACACUAGAGCCGUAUAACGCGCGCACGCCCUUAAAUAGACCACAAAUUUCUACUUCACCCCGUUAAGUGUGUGAGCGCAUAUCAGCUGCUGGCGACUAAUAUGCAGUAAUUUGUAUUUAUAAUUUUGUAUGAUAAUGAACGGCUAACAAGUUUUGCUGCAUUUUAAGUUAUGUGCCAUAGAAUUGAAUGCUAGAAAGGAGCUUGAUGUGCUGCGUGUCUACAAAACGACAAAGAAUUUGAAAUAAAAAAUAAGAAAAAACAAAACUAACCAAAAAUCGACAAGGAGCUGCCAACUAUGAUUAAUCACUGCGUGUUUUUUUACUACAACUAUUUAAUAAGCCAAGUCCAAGUCGUAGAAAUUUAAUAGGCCUAAUGCAGAUGAGCCUGAGGACACUAACAAAGUGGCACAACGCUCGCUGGCUGGAUGAGAUGAAGGUGAAGUGAAGUGAAGUUUGGUGAAGGAGUGAAUGUAAAUAAAAUUUUACGUAAGUUUGAUGAGAUAAAGUCCCACACCCACAAGCACACACACGCACACACAAAGGGAAAAGAAAAGCGAAAUAUAUAAUUUGCUAUACUUAUAAGCAAAGAAAAAAUAUACAUAUUUGUAAAAAUGUGUGUGUGUGGAAAGGAAACGUACAAGCGGCAAUAAAACAAAGUGAAAGAACUAGCAAAGAAAUGAACGAUAACAAAAGUAGCGGCGGCUCAAGCAAAAAAUAAAGGGGAGGUAUACCUUAGCACAGCUGAGCACCGGGCAUGGACACCUGCGGCUGCUUGUUACGCCUGUAAAUAUGUAUCCAUAGCAUGGUGCAAUGAGCAAAUUGAUGGAAAGCGCACAUGCUUACGCACGCACACAUUCACACACAUGUACGUACACUCAUGCAUAAUUCAAGUUGGGCUUGCCGUGAGUGCUGCAUAAAUUCAGGCGCCUUUUCACAGCAAACAAUGGAGUCGAAUGGUUUACUAAAGAACUGCUGACAUUUUCUAUACAAAUUAGAUAAAAAUGAAAGAAGGUUUAAAAAUAUAUUAAAAAUUAUUUUUUGUAUCUUAUAGAUAGCGAAAUAGCUAAUAAGAAAUUGCUAAAGUGUUUUACAAAAAAACGAAAAAAAACAUAAAACGAGAAAAAAUGCUGGUUUUUGAAAAUCGAAUAAUGCAAACUAAAUAUUAAUAUUUUUAUAAAAAAAAUUAAGCAGAAAGAGUGUAUACUAUUAUAUUAAUAAGCUAUACAAAAAUAGGUGCAUAAGUGAAAGUGCGCGAACUACACAAAAAAAAAGCAACAAUAAAAAAAUACAAAAAAAAUUACAAAAAAAAAAAACUAAAUUUACAAUUUAGUUGUAAUAUAGAAUUGUGUCUAAUUGUGUUCUUUAUAAAAAAAAUGGUGAUCAUAAUAUUAUCAUAAAAUUUUUUUCUCAAAAACAAAAAAAGAAAUAAAAAUAAAUAAUUGAAAAAAAAAACAAAUGAUAAUAAUAAUGACAAAAAUAAUAAUAAAAAUAAUGCUUACAAUAAUUUGUCUGAGCCACUAAUGUACACACGCUCGUGUAUAACCAUUUUUUUAACUGAAACUCCAAAUUAAAAAAUUGAAAAUUAACAAAACUAACGAAAUUUUAAAUCAUAACUAAUAAUUUUUUUCCGUUUUCUGCAAAAACUAUGCAUUAAAAUCAAUUCAAAGUAAAAAUCGGACUAACCUUCAAUGAGGCCUGAGUUCAUCAGACAUUAAAAAAGCAAAUAAAAAAAUUUAGUGUGCAAUUAACGCUCAAAUGUUAUUCUCCAUGCAAAUGAGCUAACCAAAACCCGUUUGAGUGUUUCCAAAAAAAAAAAAAAUAAUAAUAAUAAUGAAAUAACCCUAUUAAAUUGUACGCAGAAAUUUAAGUGGAGCAAAAAUCAUCACAAAUAACUCAUUUACCAAAGAAGCACAAAACCAAAACAUAAUAAUAAAAGAAACUAAAAAUUGCAAACAUAAUUUUAAAACAAUUUACAGCACGCCUCAAGAUAUGCUGCAUAGUUGCCGCAAUCUCAUUCAAUCCCACCAACAACUCUAUCAACAUUGCGCAGCCCCUCAACGCAUCGCCUCAGGGCAGCAGCAAGCAGUUGAAGAGCGAAAAUUGCUAAGGAGAAUACUCGCGACACAUGUGCAAGCAAAAGUAAACAAAGAAUUGUAGUAAAAAACACGCAUAGAAGGCAGAUAAAACAACAAUAACAGAAAUAAAGAAACGCACGCGCCACAGCAGCCACACGCAUAAAAAGGUAAAAAAAACAGUCGCCAGCAUAAAAGCAAAGGCAAUGCGCACAAAAGACGUAGGACAACAAAAUUAAAGGGAACAAAAAACAAAGCUAAACAACAAAGUUGCUAAAAAUUAAGCAGCAGCAGCAUUAUUGCACUAUUUACGCCUUUCUUCUCUCUAAAAAAAAUUAAAUAAAAGAAGCCCAAAAAACCCGAACAAAAAUGUCCAACUUUAAAGAUACUCUCCACGUUGGCCCAUACUAUCGCUCCGUUGCACCCAGCGGUAGUCGCGGUCUCGCCGCGGCAGCUGCAGCUGCUUUUGGGCGUGGCAGCACUACCAGUAGUGGUCGCAAUAGCGCCUGCAGUUCGGGCAGCGUCUCACCCAUACCGAUUAUAGCGAUUAGCACCGGCGAUGAGUCGUCCGAAUCGGAGAUUGAAGCAGAGCCUGUGCGUAUAUUUCAUAGACGUCUUUCGACGAAGCGGAAUAUUACCACGACGGCCACCAUUAAAGAAGGUUUUCUAAUGAAGCAGACGUGGUCAUUCCAGCGUUGGCGUCGCCGCUAUUUCCGUCUGAAACAAAAUAAAUUAUACUAUGCCAAGGAUCUUAAGGUAAGUAAAGUAUUUUACGCUAAAUGUGCCAUAUUUUUAGUAUUUUAUUUGAAUAUUUUCUGUAGAGAUAAGAGAGAUGCGAGUGGAAGGGGCUUUUUGGCAAUUAUAUUAAAGAGGAAUUGAGAAUGAGUGGUCCGUUAAUUUAAUUGUUUCCAUAACUUUUGCAUUCAAGAGUGAAAUAAUUAAAUGAAGAUAUUUCAAAUGA